AUGAUUCGGGAAGUAUAAUGAAAAAGAUCGAUCAACUGAGAACAAAGAUUGAUCAACUGGGAACAACUUUAGGUGAUGUAUAUGAAUUGUUGGCACGUUCCGAAGCGUCAAAAAUCCACGGUCCACAUUAUACUUCGAAAUUUGAGAUUGUUGAUCUUAACGGAUUGGUGAGGCUUGCGUUACCGCGAAAAAUACUUCCAUCCGAAAGUCCAAAGUAUUCCUCUCAGGCAUUUGUUUCGUCAUAUCGGGUUCAUAAACUUUCAAACUAUAUUUAUGUAAAUCGAAUGCGAGAAAAACUUGAAUCAUCAAUAAAAUUUAUCCGCACACUACCAAUUAAUGAUAGCGAUUACAUCAAAAAUCUUUAUGAUCUUGCAGAAAAAGCGGGUGUUGCUCUUAAACAGUGGCGUUCUCAUGAACAUAAUUCAACAUCAUCCAAUAACAAAUUAUAUUUGGCAAACACGCCCUCAUUGGGAAUUAUGUUAAUGACGUCGUAUGUAUUAGACGCGGAAAAGGCAAUCGAAAAUAACCAGGCACCUUUCAAUACAGUUUUAGACGUUGAUUUUCGCGGAAGAACAUAUGGUUCUAAUAUGUCAGACAUGACAGUUGAAUUGGGUGAGAUUAAGCUAUCAAGUGGAAGUAAAGCGAUAAAGAAGGCCUAUCGACAGUUAUUAUUACGGUUGGCGGUUCUUGGCUUUGUAAUUGAAGCAAUGGGUGAUGAUUUUAAAUGUAAUCUAAUUGGAAAAAUAUUUGUUCCGAGAACCUCUGAAAUUGAGAUCCAAUCCAGUUGGAAAGAUGGCAUCACAUUCCCCAGUUCCACUAAUUGUCAUGAGAAAAAUACUAGAAGUACAAAAGCAAAUGUUGGCGUUGGAAAUGUACUUUAUGUUAAUGUAUAG